AUGCUGGCACAUGCGGCAAAACGUGCAAUACAGUUUUUCUCCACUCCUCUCUCGGCAUUCAAUGCAGAGGAUUUCGCUCCGCCCAUUCACCUUGACAGUAACACCUGCUUGAUAUCUUCCGGCGCGGCAGCCGCAAUCGACGCAGAACCGACGGGCGGUCUCGGUAUUACCUUUCUCGCGCUUCUGGCCAUUGAUUUGCUUGUCGGUAAAUUCAGUCCGGGGCCGGAGUUUAAGGCAUAUGUUGCAGGAGAAGAGUUGAGCAUAUCUGGAAUCAUCAGUAACUGGGAAAAUUGA